CGCCCCCGGUCUGCCGCCGCCGUCUUCCCCGCGCCCCCGCCCGCCUCCACCUGCCCCUCUGCUCCGCCGCCGCCGACCUGAGGCUCUGGGCAUCGGCUUCUCUCCGCGCUGCAGCCCGCCCGGCAUGGAGCCGUCUGCGGGAAGCCGCCGGGAGUGAUCCCGUCUUUCCCACCGACCCCUCGGCGCCCGCGCUCGCUCCGAUGGAGCCGGACGAGACGCCGCUCGCUCCCCCGAAGACCAUGCUGCUGAUGCUGAGGAAAGUUCGCAAGAGGCGGGAGAUGCUGCUGCAGCAGCUGGGCUUCAUCUGCGCCAUCCUCUUCUUCGUCUGGUGCAUGUCCAGCCUGCUCUCCAGACUGGGCCAAGAAUCAACUGUUGGAGACAGACGCGUUUUGUCAGAAAUAUGGAGGAAUAGAAGGUUGAUGGCAUCACCUAAUGGGACACAUGAAGAAAAGAAUUGUACAGAUCCAGCCAUUAAUGAAUUUCCUGAAGAUAUAUUUACAAAUAAAGAACGGCAGCAAGGAGGAGUUCUGCUUCAUAUCAUUGCUGCUCUUUAUAUGUUCUAUGCUUUGGCUAUAGUAUGUGAUGACUUCUUUGUUCCAUCCUUAGAGAAAAUUUGUGAGAAACUACAUUUGAGUGAAGAUGUUGCUGGAGCCACAUUCAUGGCAGCAGGGAGCUCCACUCCAGAACUGUUUGCAUCUGUUAUAGGUGUAUUUAUCACUCAUGGAGAUGUAGGAGUAGGGACCAUUGUCGGUUCAGCAGUUUUCAACAUCCUCUGCAUUGUUGGUGUCUGUGGAAUAUUUGCAGGACAGGUGGUUUGUCUCACCCAAUGGGCUGUCUUCCGGGACUCUGUGUACUACACAAUAUCUGUCAUCAUACUUAUUGUUUUUAUAUAUGAUGAGAAAAUAGAGUGGUGGGAAAGCCUUGUACUCAUCAUUAUGUAUUCAUUCUACAUACUUAUCAUGAAGUACAAUGUGAGGAUGCAAAAUUUCUUCAGCCUUAAAAGCAAGAAUGUAGGAAAUGGUGACACAGUCAACAAUGAGCUGGAAGAUGGUAAUAAAUGUUAUACCUCUAGUUGUGAUGACCCGUCCAUUCCAUUACUAUGGAAAGUGAAGGGGAUGCAGCAGUAUGGCAGAAACAGUGUUGUGAUGGUGGAUGAGAUCAUCUGCUCCAGUCCCCCCAAAUACCGGUUUCCUGAAGCUGGAUUACGGAUUAUGAUUACAAAUAGGUUUGGACCACGCACCAGAAUGCGGAUGGCAAGCCGACUCAUCAUUAAUGAGCGUCAGCGGUUAAUCCAGUCUGCCAAUGGCUCGAGCAAGCCACUUCAGAAUGGGAGACAUGAAAAUAUUGAAAACGGGAACAUCCCUGCGGUGAACCAAGAGGAGGAAAACGAACAGGACAAUCUAUCUCCCUUUUCAUUGCCAGAUGGAAAAAUGAACAAAGUUAAAUGGCUUUUGACGUGGCCGUUGAUAUUUGUGCUCUUUUGCACCAUUCCAAACUGCAGCAAACCACGCUGGGAGAGGUUUUUUAUGCUGACAUUCAUCUUAUCCACUCUCUGGAUUGCCUUGUUCUCCUACUUCAUGGUGUGGAUGGUGACUGUGAUUGGAUACACCCUUGGGAUACCGGACGUGAUCAUGGGCAUUACUUUCCUAGCUGCAGGAACCAGCGUCCCAGACUGCAUGGCCAGCUUAAUAGUGGCAAGACAAGGCCUCGGUGACAUGGCAGUAUCCAACACGAUAGGGAGCAAUGUCUUUGACAUUCUCGUGGGCCUUGGCGUUCCAUGGGGUUUACAGACCAUGGCGAUUGAUUCUGGAUCAACUGUUAAGAUAAACAGCAAAGGACUGGUCUAUUCAGUUGCACUUUUGCUAGGAUCAGUGGCACUUACUGUGUUUGGAAUCCAUGUAAAUAAGUGGAAACUUGACAGGAAAUUAGGCAUCUACGUGUUGUUUCUUUAUGCUGUUUUCCUGUGUUUCUCUAUAUUGAUAGAGUUUAAUGUCUUCACCUUUGUCAACUUCCCUAUGUGCCGAGAAGAACUCCCAGCUGGAGAUACCAGCGAAGAGGGAGAAGAGACACAUCUCUGUCAGGCCACUGCCCUGCAAAACUGCCUCCCGCUUCCAGGGAUCAGCAUCCUGGAUAAACUCAUCAAGACCUGUCCCGUCUGGCUUCAGCUGAACAUGAAUCAGGAAAGGGCUGAGGCAAUACUUGGCAAAGAAACAGCAGGGAUAUUCUUGGUUAGGAAAGAGGCUAAUGUGAACAACAUGGUCCUUGCAGUCCGCCUGCCAAUGCAGAACGAGGCACCUGGUGUGCUGGAGUACAAUAUUAAAGAAGAAAAAUCAAUCCUAUACCUGGAAGGAUCCAUCCUUGUAUUUGAGGAUGUCUUCAAACUGGUUGCCUUCUACUGCGUCAGUAGGGAUUUGCUGCCCUUCACCCUGAAGCUGCCACAAGCAAUAUUAGAAGCCAAAAACUUUCAAGACCUUGAAAUUAUCUCUAGUCUGGGGAUAGAUUUCUGGGAUUCCUCCUUAAACCACAGAAGAGGAGGUGCGGAGUUAUCCCACCCUGCAAAAGACUGUGCUUUCAGCACUGCCCAGGGAGACAGUUUAAGAUCUACCCAGUGUUUUGCAAGUAGCACAAACCACUGCUCAUGUGAAAUUGAGCUGUCAAUAGGAAAUGACAGGCUGUGGUUCGUGAAUCCUAUUUUUAUAGAAGAGUGCAGUAAUCCUUUUCCUCUAGACAUACCUCCUCCUAAAAGCCAUGCUGUGAGCACCGAUCUCCCCCCUGCCACCAUGCUCGCUGAAAGGAGGUCUCCCCGCCGGCCCCCUCCACCUCCACCUUCUCACGCCCUCGUCCAGAAAUCUUCUCUGAAGCUCCUGCAGGAUCCCCUGACUGCCUGUGAAGAAAAUGAGCUGCUUCUUCAGCCACUAGGAAAGAGCAUCAGGGAAAUGAAAAUUGAAGGCGGUGACAAUAAAGAAGAAGAAGGGAAGCAGAGCUGCUCAGGCAACGAGCCCUCGGCAGUGAGCACCAAGAAGGGCUCCCAGCCCUCUGUUCCCCCGCGGAGGCGGCUGUGUGAGAGGACCUUGGUGGAGAGCCGUGUGGGUAAGCUUGGAAGUUGUGAAACACUGAAAGGGGAACGGACAGAAGAAAAACAAGACACAAGUACAGAGAGCAGAGAUAAAGGGUUGCUGUGCACAAACGCUGUAGAAAUGCCUGGGGAGGUUCCCGAAAGGGCUGUAUCGUGGUUUCAGGAGGCAAAGCCCGAACCUGUAGAGAAGAAGGAGGACAUGCCUGAGAUACAAAGCAAUGCCAUUAAGAAAGGAAAGUCACCUCCUGUCCCACCACCAAGAAGGAAGAGGCUUUCCCAGGUACCGAGGAUCCACAGCUCAAAGCCAACAACAGUGGCAGAGACAGCCACGGCCACGGCUUUGUGCAAGAGCAGCUCAGCUACAGUGGUAGGUGGUGCCACUUGCACACAUACCAAGACUGAACAAGGACACGGCCACAAAUCUGUCACCUCAGCUGAACUGAAAGGUUCACGCUCCUCCCUGGAGGGCCCAGGAAGCAGCGCCGUGGCUCAGGCAUCAGCGUCCGAGCCAGACUCCUACUCCACCAGCAGCACAGAGGAUGACCUGGAGAUGCUGAGUAGUUCGUCCGGUAAAAAGACACGCUCCAUGAUCUUGGAUAAGGCCAAGAACAGGCUGUCCUUUGUGAGCCUGUCCAAUGUCUUCACAGUCUUUUUGUCUAGUGACAGGAAGCUGCAGAAGAAGAUAGUGGAGCUGGCACAGGACAAGGAUUCAUACUUUGGCAACCUGGUGCGGGACUACAGAGUGUACAGUUUAGAGAUGAUGGCAAAGCAGAGCUCCAGCACAGAGAUGCUACAAGAAAUCCGGAUGAUGAUGACGCAGCUGAAGAGUUACUUAGUGCAGAGCACCGAGUUGAAAUCUCUGAUAGACCCAGCCUCCUACACCGAGGAACAGUUAGAAGUGAUUGCUGAGACGGCUUUGUACAAAUGUGUCCUGAAACCUUUAAAAGAAGCCAUUGAUUCUUACUUAAAAGAAAUCCACAACGAAGACGGAUCUUUACAGCAGCUAAAAGAGAACCAACUUGUGAUACAAAACACAACUACCACUGACCUGGGCGUCACGACCAGUGUGCCUGAAACCUUUGUGCUGGAAAAGAUCCUUCACAAGUUCACAACCAUGCACAAGGCCUACUCCCCAGAAAAGAAGAUUGCCAUCUUGCUGAAGUCCUGCAAACUCAUCUAUGACUCCAUGGCUCAGGGAAACCCAGGGAAGCCGUACGGUGCAGAUGACUUCCUCCCCGUGCUCAUGUAUGUGUUGGCCCGCAGCAACUUGACUGAAGUCCUUCUGAAUGUGGAGUAUAUGAUGGAGCUCAUGGACCCUGCUCUGCAGCUAGGUGAAGGUUCCUAUUAUUUAACCACCACCUAUGGGGCCCUGGAGCAUAUCAAGAACUACGACAAAAUCACCGUCACACGGCAGCUGAGUGUGGAGGUGCAAGACUCCAUUCACCGCUGGGAGCGACGGAGGACACUGAACAAGGCCCGGGCUUCCCGCUCAUCAGUGCAGGAUUUCAUCUCUGUCUCUUUUCUGGAAAUCGGUGCUCAGUCAAGGACACUUGCUUCCCGGAACGACACCACGGCUGAGCAGCUGAGCCAGCAGUGUGCUGAAAAGUUUGAAGUCUCCCAUCCCAAGGACUAUGGACUCUUUGUUUAUGUUGAUGACCAGUGGCUGCAGCUGGACAAAGCUGCCCUUCCUCACCACAUCAAGGCCUCCCUGCUGAAGAGUGAAACCAAGAAAGAUUUUCAUUUUAUUUAUAAACCAAUAGACCAUAGAACACCACCAGUCCCAAUUGUCAAAGAGUCAGACUUUCUCUAAGGGACUUGAUGCUCUUCUGUUGUGUUUGCUGUCAUCCUGGAAGGGCUGGAUAGUUUAUCUCGUGAGAUAUUCUGGUAUCUGCAGACCUCAGAAGGUCUCUGGAGCGUGGCCUUUGACAUAAGGCAGAUGUGCUAGUUGUAGAUGCUGUCUGAAUUCAGGGCAUUUCUCAGCAGAGUUCAUUUGCAGGAAUAAAAGGAGCAUUCAGGAGAACAUUCAUCCUCUGGAAAACUUGAAGUAUCGAACGUCAGAACCUCCCGCUGGCAACCAGCCAACAUCGCAGAAUGUGAACAGACAGUGGAGAAAAAUCCAGAGAUCUUGCGGAAAAGCGGACAUUUACUCCGUAGUAAAUGAUGGCAGGUGCGGAUCACCUCUGUGCACGAGGCCUGUGAAAGGUCUGCACACACCUCAGUCUGUUUGAAGGUAAGAGUGCGUUUAUGCCUUACAGCAUCUGUUCACCCGGUUUGAGUAAACCGCGUCUCGUCUGAUGGACUCAGUGGCGUAGGGCUGCCACCCGUCGCAGAACUCCAUCUCUGUCUCACUGUCUACAACGUGUCACUGCCUUUGAAAUCCACGUAAUUCCAGACCAUGCCAGAUGAUCCUGUGCAUUCACUAAGAAUACCUUUCCUGCCGUCUACUUGACACUGAAAUCAGGUAGCAUUUUCAUCAAUGUAUUUUUCUUGAAGAUUGAAAGCCUUCACCAUCAGUUUUACAUGUACAGCAGUUUUAAUCACAGUGGUUGUAUGAUAGUGUCUGGUUAAUUGUAUAUUUAUUUCCAUGUGUGAUAUGGUGCAAUUAUUUUAAAAUAAGCGUUUGUAAAGAAUUUAAUGAUUUGCCCAGUGUAGCAAACCAGAUUAAAAUUUGAAAGUCAAAAAGAGCUGGAAUUAAAUACCUGUCCCUUUUUACCUGGAUGCCAUUUUCCCCAGUGUUUUUGUACCUACAAGUCCCACAAGUUAUUACUUUAAUAAAUUCAGGCUGCUGCAGACAGAACUUGCUAAUUCUCCUUUCUACCUGUGCUUUCAGUCAUUCAGCCAUCGCAGACUUAAAUUUCCCUGCAAACCUAAAUUCCCACGGAACAGAUUGAACCAACGCAAAAAUGCUUUUUCAUUAAAUUUGAAAACAAUUUUUCAGAACGGUACCGUGAGCCUUAAUUGCAAGACAGAUCCAUGUCUUCUGAGCGCCUUCAUUCAGGCAAGAUUCCCGCUACGAACACGAGAGACCGGAUUGUCCGUGUGCAGGAAGCAAGCAACCUCCUCUGCAGCCGCACAAACUUGGGAUCAGGCCUCGCAAAGCUCUGAUUAGAAAGAAAGGGUGGUUUACUAUGGGUUUUGCUCAAAGAUGCUGUUGUUUCCUCCCACUAACAUUCAAAAAAGAAUUGCGACACGUUGGGCCGAGUUGCCCAAAGUCCCUGCCUUACUUCUGAACCUCCAGAGGCAAAAUGGUAUUGCGUGUAGCCGGUCACUCUCUCAGUCGCUGGGGCUGGAAAUGUCCACAUCUACGUGUCCCGGCUGUAGCGUGCACUGGCCAAACCUGCAUAUGGAAAGCAAACCAGUGCUGUGCCUCCGCCAGCCUGGGCUGCACGCACGGCUCCUCAGGAAGGGAAAACAACCAAGAAUGAGGAACAGUGAAUAACAGCACUCUUGGUUUCGAGGACAUCAUGUGCAGAGCUUGCAGUGUGUGACACCGGCACCGAGCUGAGUCCAAAACUCAGGGUUAUUUCUGCUCACAUGCAGCUGUCAGCACCUCCGCCUUGCCCCCGGGCAGCUCACCCGCGGGAUGCCAGAGCAGGACCCUCCCUCGCACUGCCGUUAGCCUCCUGCAGAGCAGCGCGCUCCUGCUGGGAGCAGGGGCUGCUCUCAGGGUGGCACUCAGGAUGCCACGACCAAACCUGAGGUACAGGUUUCCAGCACCGAUCUGCCUGUCCCCAUCCCCAGGGAGGUGCCUGAUGCCUGGGACUGGGGCUGCCCCCGGUGAUCUCCGCUGUAGCAGUGGGACAGGCACCCAGGGAGCCCCCAUGGCCCCCUGGGAGCUGCUGGCCUCGCUUCCCCAACAGCAGCUUCCUCGCGUCCAUCCUGCAGGCUGCCACAGGGACAUCAGCUCUCACUCUUCUGCUGCCCUGCCCUGGAUGUCAAGCAUUGAUGGCUCAGCACAGGCCCUCACCGGGGAGCUGGGUACAGGGUCCCCUGGGCACUCCGGCUGUGAGGCAGCAUGUCCUCACCCUGCCCGGCUCCUCAGCCCACCACCAUCCCUGUCUGGUGGAAGCACUGCCAGCAAAUCCCUGACACACAGCACAGGGGCAGGUUGUCCUGUUUCCACUGUAGGUCUCACCACUGAUAUCCUUAUGUCCUGAGGGCCGAUCUGCUCCAUGUUGGCCAUACCGGGGACAAUCUCGGCUGUCACUCCUGGGGCUGUGGCAGCAGGAGGAUCCAACCUCUGGGCAGCAUCAAUUACGAACCUUCCUUUCUUCUCAAACCCACCCCCAAGACACACGCUCUCCAAAUCCUCCAUUUUGCACCCACUCGUCCCAAAGAAGUCCCUCACCUGCUUCUUGCCUCCCUUCUCCACCCAAACCAGGGCCCAGACUAGAUCUCUGCCCCACCUCCCACUGGCCUCCUCACCCUUCUUGGUAGGACUCUGAGCCAUGUACCCACCUCACCUCCCACAACCUGCCCUGCGCACAGGUAUCACACUGCACGGGGUCCAUGUACGGUGGGACGGUGGGUCCCCAGCACCAGACCCAGAGUUGUGGUGGGGGAGGUCUCACCAGCAGCUUAGUUCUGCCGUGGCUCCUGCAAGUUAUUUUAAGCCCUAGGAGCAAAGAUGUAUAUGUCUGCCAAAGUCCUUGGGCUGAUCAGGUUAUCUUUAUACUGUAACACUUACAGUUAAUGAGCCUACAGUAAUCUGAUGAGGAUAAGACUAAAGUAGAAACACGCAAGGAAGGAAGCUAGUACUGAUCUUCUGGAUACAUCCGG